AUGUCGGUUGGAAGGGCGGAUGGGCAGCGCAGAGGGAUGGUCUUCCUAUUGGGAGGACAGAAGGGCAGCGCGGAGGCUGGUCUUCCUGUUGGGCUGGCAGAAGGGCAGCGCGAACGAAGGGCUGGUCUUCCUGUUGGAGGGCGGAAGGGUAGCGCAGAGGGCUGUCGUGGUGGCCGCGGCGGUGAUAGUGGUGGCAAUGGUGCUAGUGGUGACGACAAUGGCUACGACGAUGGUGAUAGUGGCAGCGGUGGUGGUGAUGGUGAAGUGGAUGCGACAUUGAUGGCGGUGGUUGGUGGUGGCGGCGGCGGCGGUGACAAUAGUGGCUAUGGCGAUGAUAAUGGUGGUUGGUGA